CGAUCGACAGACAACCAAAACAAACUGUGCGGCCGAGUGUUCCUGGUGUUGUCGGUUUUUCCUUCCCUGUGAGUGUAUUGAUGGGUGGUGCUGAUGUGUAACUGGUAAUAGAAGUGAGUUAGCGGCACCAAGAUGAAUGUGGCAUCUCGCAGACUGGCACUGUGCCGUCCGCUGAGGAGGUUUCCAGACUGUCCUGCCACACCUGCCGCCACCACUACCACCACCACCACCACCACUGUCCGCAGAGUCACCACAACCACCCAGCCUCUGUGUAUGUGGUUCUUUCGUUCACACACCGUUACUGGUUGCGAGUCCAAGGUGCCCCAGGAGCCACAUGUCGUGCCCACCCCGCCCCCCAAGGCACCCCCCAAGCCCCAGGUGGACCUCCGACUUGUUCAGCUCCUAGAGAAACUUUCCCUGGUGGACUUUGCCAACAAGGAGGGCAUCGAGAGGCUGGAGGCUGCCAUCGGCAUGGCCGACCAGCUGAUCCAGGUGGACACAGCAGGUGUGGAGCCGCUCAUCACCGUGCUGGAGGACAGAUCCCUCCCACUGGCUGAGGAUGAGGUGCUGCACGGCAGCCAGAAGGAGGAGCUGCUGGCCUGUGCACACACCACGCUGGAUGACUACUUCGUGGUGCCCCCAGGGAAUAUCACCUAUGAGGAGGAGAGGAGCUACCAUGCCUCUCUCAAGCAGCAGCACCAGGAGGAGGAGGAGUGAAGGGAGGACACAACACCAUGAAGAAGUAGAGCCUGCCCAGGACUAACUCAGGGGGGACUUAAGAAAACAAACAAUUGCGCCGUGCCUGUUAUAAAGUUAUAUGUUAUUUUGUUUAUUGUAAAUCUUGUAAUUAUAGUAUGCGUGUCUGAGUUAUUUGUCUUUAAUAUAUGCUUAAGAAAC